UCGAACCACCACGCACUUCGGCUGGUGGCUGUCUCUGCGUUCCAAACAUCGACCAGAACUGCCCACGAUACCCGAGUGCCCAUCAUGGAGGCCGCCGGUCUGGCCUUUUCGGUGUACAAAGACGUCUACUACCUGGCCAAAGGCAUAUAUCAACUGGGAAUGUCCGCACAGCACUACAAAGAGGAGAACCACCAUUUGCUCGUCAAGUUCCGUACCCAAUGUCUGUACUUGCGAAUGUUCAAGCAUUUCUUCAUUUCAGUUUUGCGAGCGGAAAGUCCAGAGGCGUCGUCUGAAAUCCAAAUCCUGGUGAACCAGGUGAACGAAAUCAUCAUAUGCCUCGGACAAGCCCUCGCGCACUAUCGUGACCUUGUCUACGCGGAAGAUGAGGAGUACUCUAAGCAGAGUGAUUCUUUGACCUGGGAAAAACCCACUUCCGAAGCGUUGCUCGCGACCAACCUGGGCGACAUACUGCCCCCUCCACCGUUGCUUCAGCCUGACUCCUCACCAAUGCCCCUGAAGGUCCAGCCUAUCUUCAGCUUUAGGGCCUGGAAAUGGGCCUUGUUCAAGCGGUCCACGCUGCAAAAGGCCAUUAACAACUUCCGGGAGUGGAAUGACCAGCUGAAAGUUUUCGAGCCAAUGAUCGUGGUGAGCCUGUUCGUCAGUGACGAUGCGCGGCGAGCUUUGGAGGCUACGAUCAAGAGCGAUCCGCACUCGGAUCAGGAAGCAUUCGUGCCCCAUGUCAGGAUCUCGCGGCUGGCAGAGGAUGCCACCUUGCCUGCCGUUCCCGCUAACCCCGAUGUGCCGUCGGUGGGUACGCCGCCUACUGACGUGCCUCCCAGAACGCGACUGGAGAAGAAGAGUUAUCCUCAGUCCGAGGAGGAGGAUACUAAGGCCAAGGAGGCCCUGCGCCAACUAGCGGCUCUGUUGGGAGCGGCCGGUGCGCACGAUUUCCAUACGCUUGCUCUGAAGAGCUGUGUGGAUAACCCAGACGGGCAUCAAUUUAUCUUCUCAUUCGGGUUUCCAGAAGGAGCGUCCGACCGAGCACCGGUUAGCCUACAGACGAUCCUCUCGAAGAAGUUGGGCGCCCCGUCUCUGCCCCUGCGCUUCCACAUCGCCCUUACCAUCUCCCGCGCCAUCGCGGCGUUCCAUGCUGACGGCUGGCUGCACAAGGAGAUCAGCAGCAGCUCGAUCCUCUUCUUCUUCGACAAGGACGACCGCUGCAUGUAUCUCCAGCCGUACCUCGUCAACUUUGAGUACUCGCGGCCCGACUCGGCCGAGACCAACAUGACGGCCGACGAUGACCUCGGCCGGAACGUGUACCGCCAUCCGGAUCGCCAGGGAUCGCGGCCAAACGUCCGUUUUAAUAAGACGCACGAUCUGUACUCCCUGGGGGUGGUUCUCCUGGAGAUCGGCGUAUGGCAGACCGCCAUGUCGAUGAGGAACGCAAAGUUAAAGCAGGAAGGGUUCCUCUCCAGUCGCAGUGUCGGGCCCACGCAGGAGAUCUUUGAAACCAAGACCAAGGACCGGCUGGGACACACCAUGGGGCCGGCGUACCAGAAAGCCGUGGAGUCUUGCUUGAACGGGACAUUUGAAGCGUUCUUGCGCAGGGACAGCAUCUUCGCCUUGCAGUUCCAGAGCCAGGUGGUCAAGAAUGUAGACCCGGAUCGGGUCAGACACUUGGAGUAGGAAGGGGACUAGGGGAGGGGAGGGGGUAUUGGCAUGGGCAAUUGGAGCAUUGCCUAGCCGGAUGUUACAGUGACUACCAGAUUGAGAACAGAGGAGCCUUCGUCCUGCUGAAUAAGUACAUUUUUACACUCUCUACGCUCUAUCUUUCUUUCCUACAUCAUAGCGUAACACCGAAUGAGUCGGGGACGUCAUGUCACUUUAUGCCCUUUCUCAUUUUCUAGUACCUUCCGUAUGAUAGACCAAUUUCGAUCAUUGCGUCACAGGGUUCGUAAGCCGCAAUGCCAAGACGCUAGGAUCAGAUAUAAC